CGGUGUCACGCCGUGCAGCUCAGCUGUGUGGUGCAGGAAUGGCAGCAGUGGUGGAUAAGAUCAGAGAAGACCGCAAACUGGAGCGUCUGAGCAUCACUGUGGGGGUAGACGGUGCUCUGUACAAACUGCAUCCACAUUUCUCUCAGGUCGUGAAAGAAACAGUAAGAGUUAUGGCUCCUCAGUGCGAUGUGACGUUCCUGCCGUCAGAGGAAGGCAGUGGGAAAGGUGCUGCCCUCAUUGCAGCUGUGGUCCAAAGUAUAAACAACAUAUAAACACUUAGACAAAUUAAGGCUAUCAUUUACUUUGAAUCAACACAGAAUAUGGAAGACCUGCAAGUGGAAAAUAACUUCCUAUGAUAAAUCAUUUUAAAAGAUCUAGCUGUGUUAGAGUGUUUUUACAUUUAACUGUAACUGUAACUUUGAGGAUAUUAUGGGGCCUUAUUUUCAUAAAGCAGUUUCUAUUCUGAUGAGCUUGUCCAGGUCAAGGCUAGAUUAAUAUUUGCUCUUUCUGGAACAAUUGGAAGGUCAUGUG